CCUUUCCCUUUAUUAUUAUUAUUUUUCUACUAUUGUUUUCAUUUCAUUACUUUAACUUUAUUAUUCACAAUGUAUACUGGAGCAAAAGAACUACGAUUGUAUGUGAAGUCUGCCGAUAACCCUACACUUAACGAGUUUAUUGAGAAACACUUUGAUAUAAUUGAAAGCGAAGACUGUACACUAAGACAGCUGAUGGUAAAAUGGCGAGAUCGUUUUACCUCUAUGUUAAAGAGACAUCGACCAAAUAUUAACGUGGGAACUCAUAUUGUUUGUGAUAUCAACAUUUGGAAAAGACUCAAGACAUAUAGCACUAACGACUUGAGAUCUGUUCUCUUUCAAUGGAUGUAUAUCUUGGAAGAAAAGAAGAGUGAAGAUCUGCCCGCCUUCCUUGAGGAAAAGAAAGAAACAAUCGAAGCUCUUGAGUCCUAUGAUGGUGAUGAAGUCCCCACAUUGCUUGACAAGUUGAGUCUUAGCCUUCUUAAGAAGUACAAUGACUUGAGUUGUAUUGAACAGAAUAUCUUGAAGCUUUCUCUUUCAAGAAUCAUAGAUUUAGUUGAUGAAGAUUUUGCUGAAUAUUUCAAGCAGCAUAUUCCUGUACAUCAUUUUGGCAUGUGGUCAAACCUGAAAAAAGAAAACGAGCUUACUGAAGAAGAACAAGCCAAGCUCAAAGAAAUUGCUCAAGAUUUUGCUCAACGUGCUCAAAGUGACUUGAAAGCAGCAAGAAAGUAUAUACUUUUGAAAAGAGUUGAUUAUGAAGAAGAACAAGAAUGCUCCUUGGAGGCAAUGGCCUAUAAAAUUAUCGAUAAUAUUAACACUUUGAUGAAAGACAACAACAACAAUCAUGUCCAAAAAGCCGAUCAUGUUGCUUUUGUAAAACAAUUGUUUCAAAUCGUAUUUCGUGGCACAAACCUGAAGAUAGCAAUUGGAGAAACUGUAGCAGCAGCAACAAAACCAUCCAUAACAUACAAUGAGAGCAGCUUCUCAAAUUCCAAGGACAGUGUUUUUAUCUCUAAAUCGACUUCAUCCCUUCUUGCUCAUACUUCUUCUUCUUCUUCAAGAAGAAAAGACUACACUGGACGAAAAAUUGAUCUCAAGAUUAUUGGUGACGAUGACCAGGAGCUCUCUUUCUGGGAGUUUAAGACAAGAAACGCAAGCCAGAAGUCUCUGCAACAUCAAGAAUCAAAGACGUUGAGAUUAACGCAAUGUCUUCAAAAAUCAGUGAAGUCUGCCUUCGAUUUGAAAAAAGACAUUAUGUCUAUUACUUGGUCUGGUAAUACAUGAUGAAGACUGUACUUUGUUGUUGUUACUAACAUAUUUGCAUUAUAGGCUGGUCGGGCACAGUUUGCCAAUUGUAUGAAAAAGAAGGCUUUUAUGUGGCAAAAAAGGUAGCUACUUUGGUCAUACCAUAUGAUCAAAGACUAAUUCAAACAAAAUUGGAGAGAUUUCUUCUCUCCAUCUUCGAAAUCAAA